AUGGCCAUAAAAUACCUAAUCUUGCUCUCGCGGCAGGGCAAAGUGCGCCUAGCCAAAUGGUUCACGACCCUCUCCCCGAAAGACAAAGCCAAGAUCAUAAAAGACGUCUCCCAGCUCGUUCUCGCACGCCGAAACCGCAUGUGUAACUUCCUCGAAUACAAAGACACCAAGAUAGUCUACCGGCGCUACGCCUCCCUCUUCUUCAUUGCCGGCUGCGACAGCACGGACAACGAGCUGAUCACGCUGGAGAUUGUGCACCGCUACGUCGAGCAGAUGGACAAGUACUAUGGCAACGUGUGCGAGCUGGACAUCAUCUUCAACUUCCAGAAGGCGUACUUUAUAUUGGAUGAGCUGUUGCUCGCGGGUGAGAUGCAGGAGAGCAGCAAGAAGAACGUGUUGAGGUGUAUUGGGCAGCAGGAUAGUCUUGAGGAUGUUGAGGCUGAGGACGAUGGCGUCACGAGGAUCGGUUAG